CGGCCGGGAAUGGCGGGGAGGGAUGCCCGGCACCGGGGGAGGUGGUGCCCGGCCCUCGCUGAGGGAUGCCCGGCCUGCCGCUCUCGUGGCCCUGUCCUUCAGCGGAGCCAUCGGGCUGACCUUCCUCAUGCUGGGCUGCGCCCUGGAGUACUACGGUGUGUACUGGCCCCUGUUUGUGUUAAUAUUUUACUUCCUCUGCCCCAUUCCCCACUUCAUUGCCAAGAGAGUGGGUGAUGACAGCGAUGCAGCCAGCAGUGCCUGCAGGGAGCUGGCCUAUUUCUUCACCACGGGAAUCGUUGUCUCUGCCUUUGGACUUCCUAUCAUCCUUGCACGGGUGGAAGCAAUCAAAUGGGGAGCCUGUGGCCUGGUGCUGGCUGGCAAUGCAGUCAUUUUCCUUACUAUUUUAGGCUUUUUCCUUGUGUUUGGCAGAGGAGAUGACUUUAGCUGGGAGCAGUGGUAGGAGCUCUCUGUGGUGCUGGUAAUUUUGAAUAUUUUACAGCUUUUUUUUUGUUUUUUUUUUUUUCCCCCUCCCUCUCCCCUGUUCUGUGUGUAUGUAUAGAUCUUAUAAUGUGCGUGGUAUGUUAUAAAAUUCACGUGGCUUUACGUUAUCAUGUAAUAAUUUGCCUUUUUUUUUAAGUGCACUUCAGCCAAAGGGACCUUGCUGACAGUUGGCUUGAAGUAGUCACUAAAAUCUGGGAUUAUUACGGAUUUAGCCUUGAAGAAGUUUACAAAACAUCAGCAGUUUUACCUGUUUUUCGCUCUGUUUGCAUUAAUUUUUGGUUUGAUUGCAGUGUCAUUGAGCUCUUGCUCACUAUUCCUGUUGGGUUUUUAAUCACAUAAUCAAAGAAUAAUACAAAGAUUAUCCUGAUUGGGAUUAUUCAACUCGAUCGAUCUUUCUGCUUUAAUUAAUAUGAGUUAAUAUUUCAUUUACAUCUCAUUAAUUGUAUUUUGAGGAAAAAAAAAAGUAAUUUUUCUUAAUGAUACAAAGCCAAAUGUAAGCGAUGUCACCUCUUACUCCCUAAUGAAAGCAAAAGAAAAUAACCCUGCUUAAAACCCCUUCCACUUCUAUUUGUUUAAAGAUCAUUUUCUCCCCACAAAUUACAUUUUCAGCGCCUACUCAGUUCAAAAAUGGUGGCUGCAUUUGGGGAAUAAAAUAUUUUAAUGCAUCUUAAAGCUGACAUGACUUCUGUGAAGGUUCACAAGGGGAGAAGCUGCCCUCAGGACAGUUAAAAAUCACAAUUUAGCCUUCAGCUCUGUAUUUUUAUGGCUAUGAAUCGCAAGGAAUUGAGUGUUCUGCUGGGUAGGAGUUCUUAUUUCCUCCUUGCUUUUAAAACACACUUCUUCAGCUCCUAUAUAUAUAUUUUUUUUGUCUGGAAGAAGGUUGUUACUACAUUAAAACACUAUAUUUUAAAGUAGCAUUAUCCUAGCAAGCAUUUAAACAAUUACACUUGAGCAAAUAUGAUUUUAUUACUUUAGUUCUGUAAGAGUUGAGGGAGUGGUCAGUGAUUAAUUACAUCAGCGCUCUGAAAUGGGGACAGAAAUAAUUCUGUGGUCCCCAGCCACGGGCUAAGGCUGAAGCAGGAAUGGAAAAUGGAGUUUCAGGAAGGUUAAUUCCAUGUUUUCAAUGGAAAUUCCAGCUGUGUGAGAGGGAGCAGUUGAGUAGCUGUAUUUUAUAUAUUGAAGGGUUUCCAGGCUGUCUCCUGCUAAAAGAGGAAUUUAUGUUAAAGGAUAGUUUUUUUUCCUGGAUGUUAAUGCUCCAUCCAGGGCACAGCAGGGUAAACUUAUAAAAAUCCUGGGAAUAACAAAUUAUCUGAGUGUCUUCUUCCCGCUUUGGAUGAAAUCUCUUGGAACAGGGGAAAUUGUUUUAACGAUAAACCAAUUUUUUUUUUUUUUGAUUAAACUUAAUUCCGUGUUUAAACCUGCUUUGAUUUUAAAGCAGAUGCCUUUUUUCCCUAUACAGUGGCAUUUUUCACUCAAAUAAUGAAGCGGAACAGUGAAAUAAAACCCAGUCCGUACCUGGUGAUAAAUUCUUAAUGCCAUGGCUAACGAUUCCAUUUACCUCCUCUUGGAUUGGGGCUGGGCCCUGGAAAGCUUUCACUCCAUUUAUGUCCCAAGGGCUGCCAUAGAAACCCACAAAACUACUCAAUCACUGAUGGAAUUUUGGGGAGGAAAACCGGCUGGGAUUGAAUUUUUCCUUAAAAUAAAUCAUUCUUUGUGGGCUCUGCUGUAGCGUGUGACAGGAACAGUGAGCAAGGACAAUCUGAAGUGACCAGGAGGACCAGAAAAUGCUGUUUUAAAUUGCUUUUUUUUGCCAAAUUUUUCCAUUGUACUGUAUCCCCUUUGGGCUGUGGUUGGUGGGUGUCGAGUGGAGAAGGUCAAUGCUUUUUUAUUAUUAUUUUUAUUAUUAUUAUUGUCGUUGUUUGGAAGUAGCUACGUGCACUAAUCCCUAAUGUGAACGUCACGCGGGUUUCAUCACAUUUAAUGUUUAAAAUCGUGCUGGAAUCGUGGAGAUCUCCCUUAACCUCUGUAAAGCAAAUUUACUUUGUGAUCAAAUACGGUAAAAAAAAUAACAUUUCAGUGGGGUUUGUUGUUGUUGUUGUUGUUCUCCAGAGCUUCAUUGCCGCUAAGCUCUGCUGGUCUGUACUGGGAAUUCUGUCCCACCCCUGCAGUGGGGAUUUCCGUGGUUUCUCUGGAAUGGUUUUCCUGUGUGGAAGUGAAUACCGUGUAUCCAAAGUGCCUUAAACUUCCGCACGAGGCUGAUCGCUGUGACAAGAUCGCUGCUCCAGGAUCAGCUGGAGAUCCGUGGCUGCGUUUUCCAAAGCUUCCUCGUCCGCUAACCCUGUUUCCUGUCGUGGGGAAAUGAAAGCAGUGCAGCUUUUGUACCUUUUGUAAAGUUUUUUUAUCUCCUGUGAUUGCCGUAUCCUCGAGAUCAUGAAGGAUUAAAACACGGACGUUCCAAUACGUUCUGCUUUUCUUGCCGAGUUGCCUACUAAAAACUGACUUUUGGAAUUCUCUAAUAAACAUAUCUGUUGCUUAAAA